AGAACCCAACCAACACCGGAAUUUAUGUCACAUCUGCGUUUAGCAGGAAAAUCUUGCAUUUCUAAGACAUCUUGCUACCCGAAACUUAUUGUUUUGCUCUAUGUGUAGGGUGUGAAUCAAGGGUGACCAUGCUGCGAUGCCUCCUGCUAGUGCCCCUCGAGCUGUUGUGAAUCAAAAGGUUGCACCUCCAACUGAUGCUUUUGCACCAGACCCUCAAGUUGUGCAUCAAAUUUCUAGUGUACCAACACUCCCAGCUGCUGAAGCAAUUGAGGACAGUGCCAACUCUCAAGCAUCAUCUGUUCAGCCUAACAUGGUUCAUGAUAAUGCCAACCAAAAUGUGAAUCUGAGGUCUAAUGUCAGUGCUAAUCUUAAUAUUGACUCUAAUGCUGAUGAAGGGAAUGAAAAUAUUCCUGAAAACAAUUCAAUGUGGUGUGUAAUGCUUCUGAGUCCGAAUCAAUGCAUGAGACAACAACUGAAAAUGCAAAAGAUUCAAGGAAGACAUCAAAGAAUCCUACAGGGAAUGCCAUCAGGAAAUCACCCAGACUUGCCGCAACAUCUGGAACUUCAUCAGCAUCUAUUCAGGGUCCCAAAUCCAAGCUUCAGAGGGCUUUGUGGGAAUCUUGAAUUCAGUUUAUGAGGAACCAACAUAUGGUAGAAGAGGCAUGAAACACCACUUGUUAAUGUGGCAUUUGGUUUGUUUUGUUUAUGAGACUAAUGUCAUGCCAUUAUAGCUCGUGUAACAUAGUUUUUAUUAGACUUUUGAUUAUGUAAUAGCCCUUGAAACAAUUUACCUCCCAUUAUUUGGUCAUGUAUUUUAUGUUAUUGAACCAUU